AUGGAUCGUCAGGAAUCGGCCGGUACCUUCACCGGCUUCGCCGUUUACCAGCCGGCGCUCGGGGCUCCGCUGCAGUGGCUCCCCGCCAUUGGUACUCCAGAGCUCGAUCAAAUGAUCCAUGCCCUCAUCCCUGGCACUGCUUCUAUUCAGGACAAGCGAGCCCAAGUCUCAAUGGACUUUCUCGAGUAUGCACAUCAGACCGGGGAAAAGUUUAAGUUCUACCCUGUCCGCCCGGCGUCCUGCACUCCGGUCACUGGCUCCCCUGCCAGUUCUUCCACCCCCUUCGACGCUUCUUCCUCUCAGAGUUCGUCUGUCAAUGCUUCUCCUGUCGUUACUCAAGGAGCCUGGGCCCAAUCUCCCGCGGCAGUUACCCCGGCGGACAUUCAGCCCAGGCCACGCCCAGCGGUCACCAAAAGGUCGAGCACAUCCAGCUCGCGGCAGCAGGCCAUGGACUUCUCCAAUCAUCCAGGUAUGCGCAUCUUGACCAAGGACGGCCGAGAUGUUACGAACAUGGCUUCGCGAGGCUGCAAGACUAAGGAGCAGAGGGAACACGCUCAUCUCAUGCGCAUUAUCAAGGCCUGUGACACCUGCCGGAGGAAGAAAGUUCGCUGUGACCCCAGCCACAAGAAGAGAAAUGCUUCUCAAGCUUCGCCUUCUCAGCACGAGCAAAAGCCCGCGAAAAAGAUGAAGAAGAUAGAAGAGUCACCGCCUGUUGCAUUUGCUGGAGAGUCAGGGGAGUUUGUUGGGUCAACCGCCUCUGAUGCUGCAGCUUUGACCGCCGAUUUCCAGACGCUGGAAGCUCAGGAUAUCGAGAGAUUUUGGGAAGACUUCAUCAUGUUCGAUCAGGAACCCAGCUUGCUUGCUGCCAGCCAGUUCACAAGUUUCGACUUCGAUUUCGAUUCGUUCAUCGGUCUUCAAAGCUGCUCUAGCUCGUCCUCCUCCUCGGCUUCUCCCUCGCAGGGCUUCGCUUCGUCUCUUCAGGCCUCGCCAGCAACUGUAUCCGACCCUGUCGUGGAUGUUGCAGCUGACGCAUCGUUGUUCAGCGACUCGACCAUUCCGUAUCUCAACCCACUGGCUGCCCUCGGCACUGAUUACACAGACUUCAACCUUUAUUCGCCUGGACCCGACAACGUGGAUGAGGAUCCUGUUUUCCAGAUGACGGAGGUUGCGAGCCGUCAACAACAGCUCCCCUUGUCGUUUCCUCGUUCUAGCGUUGCCCACGCCGCGACAACAAGCACUCCGCAGUUCUCCUUUCCCUUCAUUCCCGCAGAGAGUUCUCGCUCUGCUGUCUCUGUUUCUCGUACUUCGCCUGUGGAUAACCCGCGCAUGUCCUAUUAUUCAUCGUUCCCUGAUUACACAGGGCAGUUCUCUCAUUCACCUGACGAGCCUACUGUUUGCACCAACCAACAAUAUGAAUCUCGGAGAUCAGAAACCAUCUACAGACCAACCAAUCACAAGAGUCACGCGGCCUUAGAACUUAGUGGCGAUGUGACUGCUGAGGGAGCUACUCACAGCCAGUCCACCACCAAACGGCAGCAGUACGGUUCAUCCAGCAGCACCGCCGCUGUUUCUUCCGCCAAUACUGUAGCGGCCAGUAUUGUGCAGUCGUCACUUAGUCCAAGCCCGUCACCUCGACCUAGCGGUCUGCUAAGGGCACCAGCCGCCAUUAGUAGUCCAGCAUCCUCCCCUCGUGCUAUCAAAUCAGCACAUGGAGCCGAUGCUGUUGGCCAGGGCUUGUGUGGGCCUACGGGCGUGAUAGAAAAUCGGACGGUAACGACAAAUCGGACAACUGUACCUCGCAUAGUCACUGCGGUCGAUGUCCACAGCACUGUUAUGACAUAUGCAGGCGUAUUGAAAGCGACGACUGCAACAACGAGCGCGACCACUGCCUCAACAUUCCCGACACGGCGCAUCGUGGCUGGCCAAGAAAAUGCCGCCAACGAGAAGAGUGUCCCUCAGCGACUAUCCUUCUCUCCUCCCGGCCUUUUCUUCCAGCUUGUCGUGUUCGGUCUUGUCUCGCUCCUUUGCGCUGCAGCUGUCUUGCUGCCGCAAGCGCCCCUGACUCCUGUGCCGGCCAGCCUCGCCAACCUCAUUCUUGCUUUCACAAGCAUAUCAUCAUCACUCUCCCAGUUCGCUGGGCCGCAGAAAAACUUGCCAACGUAUGUGGACUGCGCCACGGCCAGAAUCUGCUCUACAGAUUCGAGCCAACGGCGGAGGACAAGGAGAAGCGGGUUUUCGUCUCUACUAUCCUCUGCGCGGCUUCUCGUGCUAUACUGA